AUGAAAGAGGUGAAAAGAGCCGAAAAAGAUCCUUCUAUGGGUCGUAAAGAGGUAAAAGACCCUUGGACAAAACAUGCCUAUUUAGGCGGUCGUAUGGUUCCUCAGUUGCCUGCAAUUUAUUCAAACGAUAACAAGUUUUUGUUUAUUACAUAUGACACUUUUGUUGGCAUAUUCUCAUUAAUUACCGGGGAAUGCGUCAAUCGAAUUUUCUUCACAACUCAAAAUAACGAUUCCACCCCGGUUGCUGUUUUGCUGUCUCCUCAAAAUGCUUUUGAGCUUUAUCUUGUGUUUCGUUCUGGAUUUGUGUCUGUUCAUGAUUGGGCUACUACAGAACUUCUCCGUACCAUGGAAAUUUCCACCCACGUUCAUGCAGCUACGUUUUCUGGAAAUACUUUAUUUGCUGUUACCGAUGCUCAACCAUCAAAGUCUGGCCCUUCCAACGAGCGUUUCAUCCUGUAUGCCCUUUUACCUUCCGUGUCUGAAAAGUCAUCGAGCUUAAACCCUACCUUUAUCUUCAAAUUCAAUGACUUUAUUGCUCUUUCUAGCAGUCAGACAUCUGCCAAUUGCCCCACUGUGGGUGUUUUAACCAAUGACAAGGUAAUGUUUGCCGUUAAUGUUCCCAAGAAAAAGAAGCACCAGUCGCGUUGGGAAGUCCAUGAACACAAGUUUAAUCAACCUCAAGCCCUGACUCACAUCGCUAUCCAUGAGACGAAGGUGGCUGUGGCUGAUAGUGAAGGGCGAAUCCACACCUUUUCUGAUUUUACCAGCAGCCGAGUCUCCGGCCCUCGAAUUCUGCAUUGGCACGCAAAUGCUUUAGGUGGCUUGACAUGGGCUUUGGAUGGCGAAUAUUUGGUUUCUGGUGGUCAAGAAGGUGUCUUGGUUUUGUGGACUUUGGAAACUUCACACCGACAAUUCUUGCCUCGUUUGGGUUCUUCCAUACAUUCCAUCUCUGUCUCCAAGAACUCUGACUCGUAUGCUCUGCAUCUUGGAGAUAACUCUUUGACCGUAAUUAAAGCUGUCGAUUUGACAGAACAGAUCCAUGUUCGCGGUAUUCAUCACAUGAUUCCUAGUUCUUUCAACAAAGAGGAGUCUGAGGAUGAUAGAAAAGUGCCUAGUGAAGUCUUUAACAUUUCCACCAUUAACAAUCAAGGAGAAAUGAUGCUGCUUUAUUCGUCUUGUUUUAAUGGUCACUUUGUUGCUUUACAGCAAUAUGAUUUAAAGGCCGAUGCUUGCAUUCGCAAUUGCGAGGUCGCUCGUUACUCGUAUGGUUCUGUUUCCAAAACAGCAGCAGCAUCUCCUAAUAAUGAGACUGGUUACAUUUCCUCAAUUGCGGUUGCCAGUUCUAGUGAUGAUUCAUAUAUUGCAACUCUUGAUUGCUGGACAACCAAUACCGUUGACCAACAUCAGAGGAAGAUAAAACAGAAAGCUUUAAAGUUUUGGCAAUUUGAUGCCAUAGCUAAGGCUUGGAAAUUGAUGACUCGUAUUGACCAGCCUCACGACAAUAACCAAGGCGUCUUAGGUCUUAUAGGCAUGACUACUGGCAAUAAAUUUAUCACUUUAGGAACUGAUGCGACGUUACGUAUUUGGACUUUAAAUUCCCGAACUUGGGUUUGCUCGGCAAUGCGCCGUUUCGCAAACAUUAUAGGUUCAUCUGCUUCUUCGUUUUCUCAUGCUCUUGCAAGUUCUUUGGACGGAUCUAUAAUUGCAUUUGGUUUUGAUGCUUGCGUGCACUUAGUACAUAGCGAGUCUCUUGAGACAAUGUUUACCAUUGAAGUUCCUCACGGUGGUCCUACUGAGAAUAUUAAGUUUCUUGGAGAAGAAUACUUGGUAAUUGUUUCUCAACGUCGUCUGAUGGUAUGGAACGUGGUUUCUAUGACCGCUCAGUGGACACUCGCUGGUAAGUUCACUGGACUUUUGGCCACGAGUCGAAACGGACAAGAGUUUGCUGUAGUAGACACAAAUUCUUCUUAUUCUCGUUUGCUGAUAUUUUCGAGUGAUUAUCCAAACUUACUUUCCUUGCAUAUAUUUAAGAAUUCUCCAUUGGCCUUGCAUUUUGCUCAUGGUGCUUUUCUCCUUCUUGAUGACAAAUCUGCUUUGCAUGUCUACGGCGGCACAUUGGCUAGUAAGGUUCCAGCUUCGAAACCACCUGUCAUCGAACCGACGAAGUCCUUGUUGGGUGACUUUAAGUACGGUGUUUCAGCUGUCAUCAAGUCGAAUACAAAUGCAGCCAAUGUUGAACCCAUUUAUAAGCGUCUCACUGCUAGUAUGGUUCACAAUUUGUUCAACUUGCCUUCCACAUCCCCUGUAGAUAUGGAGAGCAUGUACCAUGGCUUUUCACAAUUGGCAGUAGGCGAACCUCUUGGUUCUCUAGGCAGCAAAGUUGCAUCAAUGUCUUCAAAUUAG